UCGCACACAGCUGUAGUGCCACCACACACCAGACCUCUUCUCACUACGGCUGAAACAAUGGCUUGUCGGACACUUUUUCUCUGUAUCUGUGAAGAUUCAUUUUGAGUGGAUCCACAGCUUUCUUGAAUGUGAUAAUUGAGUUGGAUGAUCUGUACUUUUUUCCUCUUUGUUUUCUUCUUUUUUUUGGUGACGGUAGAAUGACACAUUUUGUAAUCAGGCUUAAGUCUGCUAAGGAUAUGGUCAGUCAUCUUUUUGCCUGCUGCAUGGGCUGAGUCCGCUGCGAUCGUCAUCUCUGCAGUGCUUUGGAGUGUGCAGGCCUGGCACAGCCAGCUCUUAUCCUGCUUCACUGGCUUCAGCUGAGCCACUGUAUCAGAGGCUUCUCUGACAGAACAGUCUGCUGUCUAUGAGAACCUCAGUUCUGGAUCACAGAGACGCUGCCUUAAGCAAUGCUUAAUCUGGAUGUUAUGGCAGCUGGUCUGAAUCCUCAGAUUUCUACCUCGCCAAGAUAAGCUGGAUUUCCAUGGUGUGGAUAUGUCCCUUGAACCCAGAGCCUCUCUGCUGUAGUUUGGAGCAGCUCUUCUGCAUUUUCUUCCUCUGUGAUCUGAUUGCUGGAAUAUACAGGAUAGUUGAUUUUUGGGGUUGCUGAAUGCUCCCUGCUUCCCCAUGGCAUGCUGUUUCAGGUCCCGCCACCGUGGAAGCUGGACACUUAACACCUCUCUUCCAGAUGAUGAAACUGAGCAGCACCACAGCACAAUGGUGGGAGAAGGGGGCAGCACGGGGGACAGCACCCCUCCCCCAAAGCGCAAGGGCAAGUUCUCGACCCUUGGCAAGAUCUUCAAGCCGUGGAAGUGGCGGAAGAAGAAAAGCAGCGAGAAAUUCAAGGAAACUUCCGAAGAGCUGGAGAGAAAGAUGUCGACGAGGCGUACGCGACAGGAGCUCAUAGAACAGGGAGUGCUGAAGGAAGUCCCGGACAACGAUGGAGAUGCCCAAAAGCAGUCCUACGUGAAGAAUGGCCACACUCUGCCUGUUGGGGUUGGAGGAGGAGGAAUCAUCAGCGGUGGCAGGAGUCCAUGUAAUCAGGGUAGACUCCCCUCAGAGUCGGACUUUAGGAUGAACCCUGCUUGGCUAACCCAUCCAGACGACUGCAGGGGCCGCUCUCCCUCGGACGGAGACCGCCGUGGAGUCUUGGGCCCCAGGGGAGCCGGACAUCACGAUGACGGGCGGAGAAGCGGAGGGAUGGGGGUCCGUUCGCACGGGGAGGGCGAGUGGAAGCCUAACAUGGCCUGGCAGGGCCAGAUUCACGGCCAGAUGGAGGAGGGCAGACGUGGAGGCAGGCUUCACCCCGAGGAUGGGCAGAAGAGGCCAGGGCUCCAGAAGGCCCCAUCGGAGGACGGCAGGAGGAGUCGGCCUGCAGAAGCAGACUGGAAGCCGACGCUCCCUCGACAUGCAUCUGCUGAGGAGGGAAGAGCUCGCAGGGAGUCAGAAAGCCACUUUGUUCCGGACCCAGAGGCCCUGCGGGACACCCUGCGUGAGCCUCUGCCACCCAAACAGUCGGUCAUGCCUCCAAAGUGGCUGAUGAGCUCCGCCCCUGAACCUGGCAGCGAGGGUCCGCCUCGGACGCCGUCCAACCACCCAACAAACCAGUACUCCUCUCCCUCGGCUGUGACGUCCAAACCUGUUCGGUCUGUAUCUUCUGCGGGUGCAAACACUCAGCAGUCUUCAGGCCUGACCUCCACCUCUCAGGUCACCAAGCAGCCCCCUCUGCCUCCACCCAAACCUGUGAACAGGAGCAAUGCAGCCAUGCUGGUCUCCGCCCUGCAGGGGGGAGAAAACGCUCAGCUUCCGCUCUACUGGUCCUGCUGGAAGCGAGAGUGCGACUAUGAUGUCUACCUGUCCCUGCCUGUGUACCUGUGCCGGCGGGCCGGAGGCCUGCGCUCAGGUGACUUCAUCCAAGCCACAGGGGGCGCCAGUCUCGUGCCGGCCAAGCCCUCUCCUCCGAUGCCCCCUAAGAGGACCACCCCGGUCACCAAACGCAACACAGAGGACUCGGCUUCAAACCAACCCAUCAACCCCUCACCGCUGUCUCUGGAGGACCACAGCAGCCUCCCUGUGGGCUUCCAGCUGCCUCCCCCGCCUCCCUCCCCUCCCCUGCCGACUCACAUACCCCCCUCCCCACCCCGGCAGCACAUACACACCCACCACCUGCACCAUCAGCACUCCUACCCCCACCCGCUGCCCCAACCCAUACCCAUGCUGUUCGACCCUCCGAGCCCGACCAACGAGUCUCCCCAGCGCCCGGCUCCUGUACCGCUGCACAUCAUGAUCCAGCGGGCCCUGUCCAGCCCCGGUCCAGCCCAACCGCAUCCAGACGGGUUACAGCGGGCGCACACUUUGCUUUUUGAAACCCCUCCGGAGUACCAAGGAGAUCGUGGUCGCCCCCUGCCUGUCAGCAUCCAACCACUAAAACUAUCUGAAGACGACUACUCAGAGGAGGAAGAGGAAGAAGAGGACGACGAGGAAGAGGAGGAGUAUGACGGGGAGAUCCCACAGCCGGAGCUGGAGCCUCGGAGUCGCCGGUGUUUGGUCGGUGACGCCGGCAUUUGCGUCAUCCCGGGAGGAAACAGUAGUGAGGAGGAGGAAGACGAAGAGGAUGAGGAUGAGGAAGGAGAGCACGACAUGCGUGGGGAAGACAGCGACUCGGACGGUCCUGAUAUUCGAAAAGAUGAAGACUCAGAUGAGGAUGAGGAGGAUGAGCCCCCACUGAGUGCUCUGGCCAGUCGGGUGAAGAGGAAGGACACCCUGGCUCUGAAGCUCAGCAGCCGCCCCUCGGCCCCCGACAGGGACAGGUUCACCCAGGACAGGUGCAGCAGAGACGACCAGCCUCCGGGACAGACGGGCCUCACCUGGCAGAGCAGGGAGCAGUGGGAGGCCAUUCGCACUCAGAUCGGCACUGCGCUCACAAGGCGACUCAGCCAGAGACCCACUGCUGAAGAACUCGAACAAAGAAACAUCCUUCAGCCCAAAAAUCAGGCUGACAGACAAGCUGAGGUUCGAGAGAUCAAGCGGCGGCUGACCAGAAAGCUGAGUCAAAGACCCACAGUUGCAGAACUACAGGCAAGAAAAAUCUUGCGAUUCCAUGAGUAUGUGGAAGUAACAGACGCCCAGGACUAUGACAGGAGGGCAGAUAAGCCGUGGACCAAGCUGACUCCAGCUGACAAGGCCGCCAUCCGGAAGGAGCUCAAUGAUUAUAAGAGCACUGAAAUGGAGGUUCAUGAAGAGAGCAGAAUUUACACGAGGUUCCACCGGCCUUAGCGUCCCAACUGGAGGAUAAGGAAGCACUUAAGAUCUCCGUGGCAAGAAGCUGCUCCCUCUGCAGACGCAUCACAUCGCCCCUCCUUACCAGAAUGUACUGUACAGAUUAUCAGGGAAAGCCUGGAAUUGACUCGCUUCUCGCUUGCCCUCCAUCGCCCUCUCACUGCAUUGCUUUCACUUAACUGAGGUGGUGGUUGGUGGCUGGUGGUGGUGGAUGAGGACCAGAUGCAGUAUUUCUCCCAGACGACAGGGGGAUCCACGUGCCAAUGAAGCGGAGAAGACGGCAGAGGGCCGACGGGGCUGACUCUGGCUCUGCCGUGGUGUGGUACCCCUCAGGGACUCUGAUCUAGUUGCAACCUUUAACGCGGCCUCAUUCUGUGUUGCCUUUUUUCCGCCUCUUAAACUGUAAAUAGAAACGCUAACUCAUCUCGUAACAGCAUACAAUGAUAACGGUAAUAAUAAUGAUGAUAAUACUUCACACAGUAAUAAUAAGAUAAUAGAGGCUGCAUCAGGAGCGAGCUGGAGGGUGAAGACUGCGAUAUUCUGUUUUAGGACUCUCUGGGAUAUUGUGUGUUUUGUAUUAAUUGUGUACAGACUGCUAUUGUGAUACCAUAGAAUGAAACUGGGAAAGAUCUAAUUGCAAAAUAUUCUGUAAUGCACAAGACGUUUUAUAUUGUAAUUUUGAUCACAUGAGUAGUGACAGUUUUUAUUUAAGCCUUUUUUUCAUUGUUUUUUUUUUUUUUUUUUUGGCUUGCCUGUAUUUGUGGUUGUGAUGUGAGGUGGCCUUUUAAGCAUCCAGCUAGUUAUUAGAGGUGCCGGUCAGGAGGCUGUUGGUGUUUUUUUCUUUUUUUUAAGUGUGCCAACAUACCUAAAGGACUAUAGGAUUCUGGUUUUUCAUAUCACCGAUUUGUGCAAUCCACUGCAUGAGCCAACACACAAUCCAGCGCCGUCGGAGCUGGAUAAUCUCUCUUCAUUUAUACUUUUUUAUGAGUUUUUGUACUUCCCUUUAACGAUCGAACAUGCAAUGCAUUCUGUAGCCAUUUUGAAUAAGGUCAUGCCGAUAGCGUCUAUACUAAGAGUUUAAUGUGAGUUGGUGUUGAGUGUAGAUCAGGGAUUUAUCAAAAAGUCUGAAAAUGUAUAAACGGUCGACAGGGAGUCAAUUUGGCUGGAAAACCUUUGAAACUGCAGAAGUGUUUUAUCUUGUAUUGUUGUCUGGCCAGUAGCUUACAGGGUUCUCUAUGCUGUGUACAGGUCGAUAUAGGUUUAACUGAUGCUUCUGUAUAUCUUGUCUUCCUUUCAUUUGAAAAGAAAUUUUAAAUAUAAAAGUAUGAUAGGUUGCUAUUUUUUUAAGCACGAAUAUUAGUUUAUGAUUAAAAUGCUACAAGAAUGGGAAUAUGAAAGUUUUUGUGUAAAACUAAGUUCAUUUUUAAUUGAAUGUGGAACUGUAUGAGCUGACGGUUUUCUUUGUAAUUGUAAAUAGUCACAUCUGGAUCUAAUUAAAAAACAUAUAAUUCCUUGAACCUCCUGUGAAA